UACAUUAUUAAUAAUAAAUAUAAAACAAAUCAAUCAUUAAUCCAAUAAUGUAGUUUUCAACACUUGUAAAUCAGUAUGCAGUAUAGGGACUUGGUUCUAGAUGGCUUUCUUAUGUUUUUAAUAGGUGAGCGAAGAGAUGCUUCGAAACUGUUCCGAGUCAUCAGAUUCCAGUAUGAACCAAAGCGAUGAUGACUACAUUCCUAAGUCAUCAGAAGAGAAUAGUCCAGACUGCAGUAGUGACAGCUUAUCAGCACACAUGAGUGACAAAAUAGAUAAAGAUGAGAAAUCCUCUGCGUCAUGUUCCACAUAUAAUAGACCUGUACCUGAUUCCACUGUUUCAGACUCUGAAAGCAAAGAAUAUGAUCCAGUAUCUGUAAAGGCAGUUUCUGUAAAAACUGGUGGAGGAAGAGUAUAUGACAAAAAACAGUUUUGCCUUUUCUGUGGUAAGUCCUAUGCAAAAAUUGCCAGGCAUAUUGAACAAAUUCAUCACAAUGAGACUGAAGUUGCUAAAGCUCUCCAGUUUCCAAGAAAAUCAAAAGAAAGAAGACUUCAAAUAGAUCUUCUUCGAAACAGAGGCAAUUUUGCUCACAAUGUGGAAGUUUUAAAAAUGGGGAAAGGUAUGCUCAUACCUCGAAGACAACCUAGAAAUUGUUUGCCAUCUAAAGAUUUUGCACAUUGUUUAAAUUGUCAGGGUUUUUUUUUAAGACACAAUCUUUGGCGACACAUGAAACAUUGCAAGCUUAGAAAACGUGAUCAACCAAAACCUGGAAAAAAUAGGGUCCAGUCUUUGUGUGCAUUUGCUGAACCUGUGCCUCCUGGUGUUGACAGUGGCCUUUGGAAGCUAAUGAGUGAAAUGAUAAAAGACGACAUUUCACUUAUAGUCAAGAAGGAUCCUUGCAUUUUACAAAUAGCACGACAUCUCUUUAACAGGCUCGGUUCAGACAUAUCUAAACAUGAAUACAUUCGUCAGAAGAUUAGAGAGCUUGGUCGUUUGUUGUUAUGUGCAAGACGAAUAACACCAUUGCAAAAUAUGAAAGACUUCAUAAUUCCAUCUAGCUUUCCACAUGUAGUAACAGCAGUGAAAUGUGUUGCUGGGUACGACCAGGAGAGUGGCACAAUGAAAACUCCUUCAUUAGCACUGAAGCUUGGCCACAGCCUUCAGAAAAUAUCAAAUAUAGUGGAAGCCCAGGCAAUGGUAGAAGAAAAUGAAAUGAUGGUAAAAAAUGCUCAAAGCUUCCGAAAAAUUUAUGAAACCCAGUGGAAUGAGCUAAUUUCGUCUGUAGCCCUAAGAUGUUUGAGAGAGUCAAAGUGGAAUGCACCUCAGCUUUUGCCUUUUACCGAAGAUGUGAAAAAAAUGCAUUUGUAUCUUGAUGACAAACAGGAAGAAAAUUACAAAAAUCUUCUAGCUGAGGCCUCUGCAAGAAACUGGGCAAGCCUUGCAAAAGUCACUUUAACACAAAUUAUUUUGUUUAAUCGCAAAAGAGAAGGAGAAGUUUCCAGAAUGCUUCUAAAUACCUUUUUGUUAAGAGAUGUAUCAGAUUUGCAUGGAGAUGUUGCUCUUGCUCUUUCGGAACUAGAGCAAAAGCUUUGCCAUCACUUUAUCAGAAUUGAAAUUAAAGGCAAGCGUGGAAGGAAGGUUCCUAUACUGCUGUCACCAGCUAUGCACAGAGCAAUGAAGUUGCUUGCAGAAAAAAGAGAUGUUUGUGGUGUGCCAUGUGACAACAACUAUAUGUUUGCAAGACCUUCGGCUCUAUCUCAUUUUCGUGGAUCUGAUUGUAUUCGGCUUUUUGCCAAAGAAUGUGGAGCAAAAAGUCCUAAAACGCUUUCAUCGACCAAACUCCGAAAACAUGUGGCAACUCUGUCAAAAGUUCUUAACUUGAACGAUACAGAAUUGGAUCAGCUGGCUGAUUUCCUUGGGCAUGACAUUAGAGUGCAUAGGCAAUACUAUCGCCUCCCAGAAGGCACUUUGCAGUUGGCUAAGAUCAGCAAAAUUCUCUUAGCUCUGGAAACUGGGCGCCUUGGAGAGUUUAAAGGAAAAAAUCUGGAUGAUAUCACCAUUGAUCCAACUGAAAAAGUAGUGAUUGAAAAUGAAACAUCAGAAAGUGAGGAAGAAUUAAGUGAUCAUGAAGGUGAAGCAGAAAUGCAAGUUAAGCAGAUGAAACGAGCUCAGGGCCAAGUACAGGAAACAAAAGUUAACAGUGUUUGCCAAGGUCAUAAACAAGUGAAGAGGAGAAUGUGGAGUGAAGAAGAAAUAAGAGCAGUGGAAAAACAUUUGGCCAAAUUUAUAAAUAUAUGUAAAGUGCCAGGAAAGGGAGAGUGUGAAGCCUGCAUCCAAAAUGAACCACAAGCUCUCAAAAAUAGAGAUUGGCUGAGUGUCAAAUUCUUUAUAAAAAAUCGAAUUACCUCACUGAAGAGAAAGGUUUAAAACAAGUGUUUCCGUUAUUAAAGGUGUUCAUUUAAGAUUUAGUUAUGGGAAACAAUUUAAUCAGUUUACAUUAGGUGUUUUUAUGGUAAUUGAAAACAACAGUUCCAAAAAGCCAGUUACUUGUUUGCUCUUUAAAUAAUUUGUAUUUCAUACGUUUAUAUGCACUUACAUAAAGAUAUAUACACAGUUAAUAUU